GUUCUCUGGGGCUUCUCCCGGUGGCGGGGCUGCUCGCGGCUUUUUGGGGGGCUCCUAACCGAGGUGAUCCUGACUGUGCCAGGAGAGCGCGUCUGGGGCCGACAUCCUCGAGAUUGCUCGUGCUGAGAGUGGCGGGAGCGAGCGCCGGCGUCGCAUACUUGGUCAGCACUCGGCUCUCCUUUGGCAGGAAAACUAAGAAGGGAAAUGGCUGUGGAUUUGCUGGCUGCCCCAGGCACAGAGCCUGUGACCUUCAGGGAUGUGGCCGUGUCCUUCAGCCAGGAUGAGUGGUUGCACCUGGACUCUGCUCAGAGAACCUUGUACCGGGAGGUGAUGCUGGAGAAUUACAGCAACCUGGCCUCACUGGGGUUUCAGGCUUCAAUACCUCCCGUGAUUGGCAAGCUGCAAAAAGGGCAAGAUCCUUGCAUGGGAAGAGAAGCCCCUGAAGACACCUGCCUAGAUUUCGAGAUUUGGCCAGAGAUAGAAGCAUUGCCCCCCAAACAAGAUGUUUUUACUGAAGAGACAUCUCAUGGGCUGAUAAAGAAUGGAUCCACUAAGUGUGUUUACUGGAAAAUCAGCUUUGGAGAGCUUGUGAAAACUGAGCGCCGAGAUACAGCACAGGAGCAAGAAAAGAAAGUGCAUGGGUCAGGGGCAACUUCAGACAAGGAAACCACUAGUGAAGAUGAAACUCCCACAGGCCUCGAACUGGAGAAACCCUUGUUCAUAAGUAAAGCACUUGUCUCACAAGAGGGUGAUCCCAUAGACAGUGUUCCUGGGACAUAUCACACUUCAGAGAAAGAUUUACCACAGGAUUUUGAUUUAAUGAGAAGCUUUCAGAUCUACCCAGGACAAAAACCUCAUGUCUGCAGUGAAUGUGGCAAGGGUUUUACUCAAAGUCUUCAUCUUCUAGAGCACAAGAGGCUUCACACUGGGGAGAAGCCUUACAAGUGUAGUGAGUGUGGGAAGAGCUUCAGCCAUAGGUCGUCCCUCCUGGCUCACCAGAGAACCCACACCGGAGAGAAGCCAUACAAAUGCAGCGAGUGUGAGAAAGCCUUCGGCAGCAGCUCCACUCUCAUCAAACACCUGAGGGUGCACACCGGAGAGAAACCUUACCGCUGCCGGCAAUGUGGGAAGGCCUUCAGUCAGUGUUCAACCCUCACUGUGCACCAGAGGAUUCACACUGGGGAAAAGCUCUAUAAGUGUGCCGAGUGUGACAAGGCCUUUAACUGCAGGGCAAAGCUCCACAGACAUCAGAGAAUCCACACAGGGGAGAAGCCAUAUAAAUGUGCUGAGUGUGGGAAAGGCUACAGUCAGUCUCCAUCCCUAGCCGAACACCAGAGACUCCAUACUGGAGAGCAGCUUUGCCAGUGCUUGCAGUGUGGGAGAACCUUUACACGUGUGUCUACCCUUAUCGAACACCAGAGAAUUCAUACUGGACAGAAGCCGUAUCAAUGCAACGAAUGUGGCAAGACCUUCAACCAGUAUUCCUCCUUCAAUGAACAUCGGAAGAUUCAUACAGGGGAGAAACUGUAUACAUGUGAAGAAUGUGGGAAAGCCUUUGGCUGUAAGUCAAACCUUUAUCGGCAUCAGAGGAUCCAUACUGGAGAGAAACCCUAUCAGUGUAACCAGUGUGGAAAGGCCUUCAGCCAGUAUUCAUUCCUAACUGAACACGAGCGAAUCCACACUGGAGAGAAGCUCUACAAGUGUAUGGAGUGUGGGAAAGCCUAUAGUUACAGGUCAAACCUCUGUAGACACAAAAAAGUCCACCUGAAGGAAAGGCUGUAUAAAUGGAAAGAAUAUGGGACACCCUUUAUCUAUGGCUCAUCCCUUACUCCAUAUCAGAGAUUUCUGAAAGGAGACAAGCCUGAGAACUUUAAUCCAUCGCUGUAAUCCAAGACAACAGCCAGAAGAGUAGUGAGUAGAAUGCAAAUCAAAAUAGUCAUCUUUUUUUUACUUGUACAGCAAAUAGUUACCACAAAGUCAUGGACAGUGGAUGCACAAAGAAUGCUGACAUCAGCAAUUUAAGGACUAUUACAAAAAAAUGUUAAUAAUUCGUUGAAAAAGUAUGAAAGACCUCACUUAAAAAACAAAACUGUUGCGUAUAAGCAUUGUUUCAUGAGAGGGUCAUCUCUAAGAGCUUCUGUGUUAUGAUUUUUCUUUUCAAGAUAGUUUCUGAUAUAGUUAAUAAUGUGAAGAGUCGUGGGGCCUCAGUCCCUAAAAUGGUGAGCUGUUACAGGGAGAAGUCCUUUUCAUAAAGAGCCGCUACAGAGGAAAAGAAUACUUGGACUUGUUGUGUAUCAACAAUAAAGCUCUUUAUAAAUUGCCCCUUAUACAACAUACAUGUGUAUAUGUAUGCAUCUAUAUUCAUAUAUACACAUAGAGGACUUUUAUGUAUAUAUGGCCAUGUCACUUAACAAUGGGAUUACAGUUAGAAAAGGCUUCAUUAGGCAUGUCCAUGUUUAUAGGAACAUCAUUGCAUUUGCAUAGCCUUAGAUGGUCCGGGCCUGCCAAUCAGUGUGACCUCUUGAGGUGAUCAACAUACCAUAAUUUGAAAAAAAAAUUUUUUGAGGUUAUAAUUACAUUUCUCCCUUCCCUUUUUCCAAACCCUCCUGUACACUCCUCCCCACUCUCCUUCAAAUCCAUGGCCUCUUCUCUUACUAAUUGUUAUGCAUGCAUAUAUUCAUACUUUUUUAUAGUAAGGGUUUUUAUUGAUUGGCUUGUUUAUUUUAGAUAGAGUUUCACUAUGUAGCCUAGGAUGGCCUUGAACUCAUUAUGUAGACCAGGCUGGUUUUGAACUUGCAGUCUUCCUGCAUCAGCCUCCCACAUACUGGGAUUAGAGGCAUGAGCCAUCAUACUUGGUGUAAAUUUUAUUAGUAGAAUGUGUACACUCUAAGGAUAAAAGUAUAGUAUAGCAAAUGACUAAGCUGGUAAUGUAGUUUGUCACCAUCACCAUGUGUCAUGUACUGUAUAUAAUUGUGUGUGCUGUGAUGUCUGGCUGCCAGCACAGAGGGUGUGUUUGCACAAAUGGGCAAUGCAUUGUAUCUAAGGUGUUAUAAUAGUUAUAAAGUCAUGACAGCUCUUAUGUAAUCGAACAAGCAGGAAUUUUCCAGACCAGUUGUAGUCUGAUGAGUGAUAUGUGUUGUCAUUGGCCAAACAUCAUCAUAGGCAAAUGGCUGUAUGCACACACUCACAUAUAUGUACAUAUAUGUGUGUGCCAAAGUGUAUACAUACACAUACAAAGAGUUUAGGACUUUUUUUUCCCUUCAUAGUCCUUAAUGAUUAAAAAGACUCAAUUUACUAAUUUAGAAUUUACUGUUUCAAAUUAAAAAUUUCCCCCAGGGGCGACUUCUUUCUAGCUCCCCUAUAUCUGUAGUGGGAUCUGGUUCUGGAUCUAGCUGAAUAGAGUCUUACAGUACUAUAGAAGUUGGUCUGAGCAGACAGGUGGGCAGACUGUCAUCCAAACAAUAGAUUAUAUAUUGUAGCAGGCCAGUGUUGACAGAGUCUCCUGCUAUGCACCUGUUAGCACUUUAGAAUCAAAGAAACUUUUAAUUUAUAACCUUUUAAGAAUCGAGGUCUUCAGCUCUGAUAAUCUAUGAUAGUUACAGGUUCAUUUCUAUCCUCAAGGCUCAAGAACACUAUUUGUUUUGUAACCUGUUCAGAUAUUUUUGUUAGUAAUGUAAUCAGUUGUCUUUAGUUUCCCCUAGCUUUGGUCUUAGUAGUGGAGUUGAGAACAUGCCCCCUUUCUUCUAUCUCUGAUUCUAUACCUGCUUCUAUAACUACUUAAAUUCUCAAAGCCAGCAACGGUCCAGAUGAGGUAUCGCGUUGGUAUGUUUCCGUGUGUGGCUGGCUGCCUUUUUAGUACACAACUUUUAAUUUUUUUUCCUUGUAGUGCUGACGACCGAAUCCAGGGCUUUGUACAUGCUCAGGAGGUGCUCUCCAUGGAGCUGUGUUUGCAGACCUUAGGACCUGAGUGUAAAGUUGCAGAUGAAUAUUUUAUAUUAGACAAUCUUCUCAUUACCUUAAUGCCCUAGACCUAGAUCCUUCGUUCUUUGACUUACCCCAUUGGUUUGUCACUUUAGAAUUACUCCAGGAGCAUUAAUUAGACCCUUCUAUCUCAGCAAAAUAUUAGAAUUAAGCAGGCAUUCAGCACUUAAUUGAGCUCCUUUGGCUCAUCAGUAGAUGUAUGUGUUUAAAUGGAUUUGCAGGAUAAAUAAGACUUGAAGGGAGCCUCUAGGUGUCUUCUUGUUCCUCGUGAGCAUGCUCAGUGCCCAGUGUUUGGCUCACAAAUGCCAUUUGCCUCCAGAAGGACUCAGGCCUUCUGGAAGAAGUGAACAGCGGCGCGUUUGCAAAGGAGGGGUAUGCAAGUGCACUGAGAGGAUAGUUUUGUGAUAAGACAUCAUUUUAGGGUUAUUGAUAUGACUAGACACGGACUAACUUGAAGGCGCAUCCUUUGAUCAAAUUUAAGACACUUCAAACAUCAAAAUACUCAUAAGAUUGGAUAUAAUAUUUUCUAAAGGUUAUGGGGGAAAGCUUUUUAUAACAUUUGAAGAAAAGCAUCUUUUAAAUAUAUACAAAGCAAUAAACAAGCCAUUUAACAACUGUCAUUGUCAUUAAAUCUAGCAAAAAGUUGAUUGAUGGUAAAAACCUACUGCAUGAAAGACAGUUAAGGAACAGUUCAUCAUCCCCAGAGAGUACAGCUAUGAGUCACAGGAGAAGCAUCAGUUUUCCUCCUGAGGUCUGGCAGGCCGAGUUCCCCUCCUGAGCAGCAGCCACUGAGGCUUCUCCUGAGGCUGCAGAAGCACAUUUUAUUAUUUAUGAUAUGCUGCCAAAACCAGUUAGUGAACAUCUAUGGAAAUCUCUAGACAUACCUUCCUGCUUACAAAGACUUGAGAGUAACAUGUUAGCACAUGGUAACAGACAAAGCUAGAGUUUGAGACAUUGGAAAUGUUCAUUAAGUUGUACUUUUCAAAUAGCCAAUAUGUUAGAACAAAAGGAUGCCUGAGACAGCCACAUGCAAAGUGUGAUCUUUUAUUGAGAAAUAAAGUCAG